AUUUAAUCCUCUUUUUAACCCUUUCUAUUUUGAUCAGAAUCGAUAAAGAUCACUGGCCCAAAAUUGACAAGCUCGAUGUCAACUAAACUAAUUGUGCCAGUAAUCUUAGAGGUGAAUACCAACACUGAAAACCCAAGAUUAAUUCUCGAAACAUUACCGUCUAUGCUAUACCAAAAAAAAAAAAAAAAAAAAAAAAAAAAAGACACUAUUAUAAUUUCAAUUAAUUAAUAAAAUGGAUUACUAUGAUAAUUGCGGAAGGUAAAACUUGAAGAAGAUAUCAAGAUAGGAUAGAAAACGACAACCCAGUUGAACUACUCAAUAACCCAAAAGGCCAAGGGCCAAUCAAAACAAAACUCAGAGAAUAGUAUAACCCAAUUAAUCUCAUCCAGCUCUUAUACAAUUGAUUCAAUAAUCUCUGUCAUCAUCAAAUAUUUUGUCUUUCUAAAUUCUCAAUUAUUUCAAAAAUUCCCCCAAAAAAAUAAUUUUCUUUACUAAAACCAGCUCCAUUAAUUUUUUCUUUUUCUGGGUUUCUUAAACCCUUUAUUCAUUCAGUUACACAGAUUGGUUUCUGGGUUUGUUUCAAUGACUGUUUAUGACUCUUUUACUUCUUGGAUCAACAGCUUCCUUGCUUGCAUAGGUAGCUGUUUGGGAGGCUGUGCAAAACCGACUCACACUCCUGUAGAUGAUUAUCCGACAAAAGGACUACGAUGCCAGGGCCAGGUGGUGGAGAAACAAAAUCUUUCCGAUGACUUUUGGGGUACCAGCACAGGUGAUUUGGACAACCCGAUUGGUCUAUCACAACGAAGCAUGUCUUCACUCAGUACAUCGAAUGUCAGUUUUCUUUCUGAUAUCGGAUCAGCAAGCAUGCACUGCCACACAGAUUUCGUAAAUCCUGGUCUUCUUCUCUGGACUCAAAUCCGUCUUCAGUGGAUUGGAGCUACAAAAUCAAAUGAAGAUCAUCAAACCAUAGGACCGGCAAUCAGUCUAAAUGCUACGUAUGACAGCUUGCUUAGCUCCAGGGAGCGAUUCAGGCGGCCCAUCCCUUUAUCAUGGCAGGAAAUGGUAGACUUUCUAGUUGAUGUAUGGGAGCAGGAAGGAUUGUAUGACUGAAAGACAUGAACUGUAGAUAACAAAUUUCAGUUUCUCGAUACUUCGAAAUGCGGAAUUCUUAGGAGAAUUUGUAAGCAAAGAAGCCUUAUAACCAAUGUAUAGAUGUUGAUUAACACAGCUAAUUUAUAUACCCAUGUAUGCUUUGUUUUUCCUACUGUAGUUCACAACGUUCAUUUCCAGUUCUGUUGCUAAAUGGACUGGUAUUUUUCAUUUAUGUUCUUAAAUACAAACAAAGAUCAAUUAAGCAUGCUGUGAUGUUACUCAAAACAUACAUCUACAUCACUACAUGAUAUAUUUUGUCUAAGAACACCAAAAUUCGUGUUAA